CCCCGCCCACUGCCAGAGGUUCAAAUUCAAGUCCGCAGCAGCAUCAGCGUCAACAACAUUCCUCGGUCCGAAGUCGUCACUACAACACAACUUUGAUCAACGUUUUGACAUCCGUACCUCGAUGGAUGCCAUUCGGUCCGCGGGGAGAGCCAUCAUCCGAAGCCCAAGCAUGGCGAAACAAUCCUGGAGCGCCGGUAGACACAAAAAACUCCCGGAGAACUGGACAGACACACGGGAGACCAUCCUGGGAGGCAUGACCUUUAACCUCCGGCACCUGGGCAUGACCCUUGUGGACCAGCCCAAGGGGGAGGAGCUGUCAGCCGCCGCCGUGAAGCGCAUCGUGGUAACGGCCAAAGCCAGUGGGAAGAAGCCCCCAAAGGUUUCCCUCAAGGUCUCCCCUCAGGGAAUCGUCCUCCACGACAGACUCACCAGCCGCCUCCUAGACACCAUCUCUAUUUACAGGAUAUCUUACUGCACAGCGGACAAGCUUCAUGAGAAGGUGUUUGCCUACAUCGCCCAGAACACACAGAACGGGACCCUGGAAUGUCACGCUUACCUGUGCUCCAAGAGGAAAGAGGCCCAGGCUGUGACCCUCACCGUAGCCCAGGCGUUUAAGCUAGCUUUCGAGCUCUGGCAAGUGGCCAAAGAAGAGAAGGAACAGAGGGUGAAGUCUGGUUCGGAAGGGGAGGACAGCAACAGUUCCCAGUCUCAGAGAUCUAGCAGUGUGGGAAGCCUGAAAGACGCGGACGUUCCUACAGAGAAGCUUCUGGACUUUGGAGAGCGGGUUGUGGACGUCCACACGCCCCUGGAGAAGGACAACAACAACGACGGGCCUGGCGCGGAAAUGGGGGAGGAUUUGGAUGAGGCGUUCUCGAGCCGUGCUCUGGAUAGCUAUGGUUCCUCUCCAGGUAAUGCCCAGUACUUGGCCUCCCUAACCCCUCGCAGUUGUCUCUCUCGCUAACAUAAACCUCCAGUCCACCCCAGUCACUACUCCACCCUAACCACGUAGUAAAGUAGUCCACUUUGGCUUGCUCUCAAUACUCUCAAAUGUUAAAAUCUCAUCUGUUAAUUUUCCAUAAAUUGAAGCAAUGAAAAGUCAGUUUUGGAUUAUUGAACUCGAGUCAAAGUGAAUCUCUGCUUCAUUCAGUCAAAUAGCAAACCCAUUUACUCUGUUGUUCAGAGGGUACAUCAAACUCCAUGUCAUUUCCUCCCCCACAAUAUGUGACCUCCAAUGUAGAAAACGUCUUACACUAAUCCUGGUGGCGUGCGGCCUCACGUGCGCUGCGUCAUAACUCCGCAAUCCAGCGUUAUCCCCAGGACGGAAGAAUGUGGUCUGAACUGAAGGGAUUCCUGUAUACCCGCUCCAGGCUCUGCUAAGCUGUUGUACGUGGAUACGCAACAGCACUCAAAACGUUUAGUUUUUCCGCCGUUACGAUUGGCACGUAGAAGCAGAAAACGCCAGCAACGAGGCCGAUCCGGCAGCUCCUCUCGCCGUCCCACCGUGUUUCCCUUCAUACCAUUCCUUUAACUAACUAGAAUUCUGGCUUUUCUUCAUGUUGUAAUCGUCGUGGUCCUCCUCUCCUUUCGCCCCUCCUGUAGACUGGCAGUGUCUCGUACUAACCCCCAGGUCUUGGACGUUGGGGUGACGCCCCAGGAUUGGCUGCUGGAGCCCGACUGGGAUGUAGCUGGCGGAGAAGACGCCAGUGGCACCAGCCCCCCCGUGGACAUGCUGCUCAGCUUCUGACCAGUGAUUUGUCUUUGCUGAGACACGGAGAUACACUUCCCCCCUCUCUAACAGGCACACGUACACAUACACACAUGCAAGCGUACACACACA